GGCUGUUUUUUGGGGGGGAUAAAUCAUACCUGGCAACCUCCAUUCACAGUCGCUUUCUUUAGGCUUCAUCCACAUACAUAUAUAAACGGGUUCAUCGGCUCAAGAUGGCAGAUUUCGACGAGCUCAGCGAAGAGGAGAAGGUCCGAAUUGCAUCCAAUUUUGUGCUGCAUGCUCCUCCAGGAGAGUUCAAUGAAGUUUUUAAUGAUGUGCGAAUACUGCUCAACAAUGAUAAUCUUCUCAGGGAGGGGGCAGCUCAUGCCUUUGCUCAGUACAAUAUGGAUCAGUUCACCUGUGCAAAAAUCAAUGGAUAUGAAGAUCCGGUUCUUAUAACCGAGCACGGCGACUUAGGAAACGGGCGCUUUUUUGAUCCGCACAACAAGAUCUCAUUCAAGUUUGACCACCUGAGGAAGGAGGCGAGUGACCCCCAGCCUCACGAGGGCGAGGCUGGCCUCAGGUCUUGGAGAGAUGCCUGUGACUCAGCUCUCCGGGCCUAUGUUAAGGAUCACUAUCCCAGUGGAGUCUGCACGGUUUAUGGAAAGACAAUCGAUGGGCAGAAGACCAUUAUCGUUUGUAUCGAAGGCCAUCAGUUUGAGCCCAAGAACUUCUGGAAUGGUCGCUACAGGUCUGAAUGGAAGUUCAGCAUCUCGCAGUCCACAGCACACGUGACUGGAGUCUUAAAAGUUCAGGUGCAUUAUUAUGAAGAUGGGAAUGUGCAGCUGGUCAGCCAUAAAGAUGUACAGGAAUCACUGACUGUCUCUAACGAAAGCCAAACUGCAAAGGAGUUGGUGAAGAUAAUUGAGGAUGCAGAAAAUGAAUAUCAGGUGGCCAUCACGGAGAACUAUCAGACCAUGUCUGAUACCACAUUCAAAGCCUUACGUAGACAGCUUCCAGUCACCCGCACUAAGAUCGACUGGAACAAGAUCCUUAGCUACAAGAUCGGCAAGGAGAUGCAAAAUGCCUAAAAGGAAAAACCUGUCAGUUUGACCCCCAUUGGUUAGAGAGAAGCUGAUGUAGCUUAAUGUACUGUAUAUAUCCUUCCAGAGGGUUCCAGGUUCUUGAGAGUGUGGUGUUGGGAUGCCUUCAUUUAAAUUGGAAGUGUUACUGAUGCUAAUCUGUGAACCUUAUUUUUCUACAAAUUCUGCCUUUGGUGACACUGUGAACGUUUGGCUGGUCUCUUAUCAUUCCGAUUCUCGCAUAAACAGCAAAUAUAUGCACGUUUUCCAGUCCUUCAGUGCUUCAAAAGGACACAAGUGAAUCCUAACUUUUUUCUGUUUUCAGCUAGUGACUCUGCUGUUGUUUCCUUAACAACAGUCAUCAUUCCUCGAGUGCUUCCACUAUUUCUUUUGGGUAUUUGUUAUAAAAAUGGGAAAUUGGUGUAUAGACUAGACUAAAACUUUUAUCUAACUGGAAAUACUCAGUUGCAUCAAGACAGUCAAAUUAUUAAUUUUUCCUGCAUUCCUGUAGCUGUAAGGUUUAAACCGGCAGGUAUGCCAAAGCAUAAAUAUAUUCUUUUCCCCUUUGGGGUGUCGCUUUUGUUUUUCUCUAUCCUGAACUGAUCAAGUAUGGUGUUCUUUUUGCCAGCUGUCUGCCUUCAGCCUGUGCUAUAUUUUUUAUACAAACUGUUAGUA